AUGUCGCAGUCAGGAGCUUGCGACCUCAAGAAUUUCGCACAGCCAAUCAGCGCCACGGCUGCCAUGUUCCUUGAGCUCCGGCGCAUGCCCGCAAUUCCCAAGACCGCAGCAGCAGCAGCAGCAGCUCCACCACCACCACCACCACCACCACCACCAGCGCCAGCAGCAGCAGGGUGCCUGGUGAAACGUAUGUGUGGCCGGCUGAGAGUAUCGAUUGUGGGCCAGUGCAAUACGCGGGCGCUGUGCUCCCAGUUGGGAGUCGUUCUCAACAUCAGCAUGGUGAGUCCAGAACGAUUAGAAGACGAAGACACACAUGUCUCGGAAAAGCGAGAAGCAUCAACAUCAGCAGGGACAAGCAAAGGUCCCGGGAAUGAAAUGCGAGCCCUGCCAACUAAAAUUGCUCCUCCGGAGGGAACCCAGGCCGUGUUUGAUUCGGAAGGCUAUCCCUGCGUGUUGGCUGAAGCCCGUGCCACUUUCAUGAUUACCUUUCCUGCGAAACUGGGCAAAAAGGGGACCAAGCGUGGUACCAAGGGCCAUUUUAUUGAAGUUCAGGUCUCGGAUGGAGCUCUUUACCGCACGAAGAUUCACUGUUACUUCUUGGACCAAACCCGAGUCGUUCGUCCGUUACACAAGGAGAAGAAUUACCACAUAUUUUACCAAAUGCUCGCCGGACUGACGCCAGACGAACGAGCCAAAUUGAACCUUGAGGGUUACUCGGUGCAUAAUCUGCGAUACCUGAAUUGUGGAGACGUGAGUCAAGAUAAAAACGAAGACCGACGCAGAUUCGAGGCGUGGAAAACUUGUCUAGGCGUACUUGGAAUCCCGUUCCUGGACGUGGUUCGAGUACUGGCGGCAGUACUUCUCCUGGGAAACGUGCAGUUUACCGAGGGUCAAGGAGAAGGGGUUCAGCCGGCCCAGAGUUCCCAAGUGCAAGCUGUUGCCCAGUUACUCGGGGUUUCCGACACUGCCUUGUUCCAGGGCCUCACGUGUCGCACUAGGAACGUCCAUGGACAGCUUGUCAAGUCCCGCUGCGACGUUAGCUGG